GUGUUGUCUCCCAGUCAGCGCGCAACGGCCGGCAGCAAAAAAUUUGGGGGUCGCAGAUCUUGUUCCGGAGAUAUAAGCAGCCAAACUCCGAAGCUGCCGACCGGGAGGAGAGGUCGGCAGACAUCGAGGGGAGCGAGUGCUUCGCGGCCGCGGAGGACGCACAGGGCAGGUUUGUGCGUUCCAGUGCCCAGGCGGCCAGCGAAGCGGAGAGCGACGUGGGGGUCACCACGGAGGACCCUGGCGGCGAGAGCGGUGCUUCGCUGGGGAGCUCGAAGGCGGAGCUCAACGCCGCCAGAAGGGAGCAGCGCAAAGCCGUCGCGGCCGACGAAGUGUCGGCGAUGGCAGAGCGCGCGCGUGAGCGACGCGCUGCUCUCACGGCCGAAGGGGGCGAGCCAUCCGCGGCGGCCCUGAGCCAGCUGGCCUUGGACGGGGUGGACUUGGUCCUGAAGGUUGCCACGAAGUCCGGCAGCCUGAAGGGCACGUUCACCCGCGGUCUGAAGGAGGCUGCCGCGGACAUUAAGGAGGCGGUUGGUGUCCUCCUCAACAGGACGGCCUCAGACGAGGUCGCGAAGUUGCAGGAGGAGAACGGCCGCCUCCGUGCCGACCUGGAGGACCUCCGGCGGCAAGUCGCUGCGCUGAGCGAGCAGCAACAGCGACGCACGCCGCCCACUGUCGCCGCACCGGUGGUGGCCCCGUCUCCCGCACCGAGACCGGCAAGCGCUCGUUCCGACGACGAGGUCGAGCGCAUAGUCCGGCUCUGCAUGCUCCAGUGCGGGAGCAUGCGCCGACGCAAGACGGAGGACGGAGGAGCCGCCGAGGCCUGCGCCUCGCCAGGGAAGCCCACUGGGGGCGUCAAAAAGCCCGGCGAGGGAGCCCCGCCAAGUGCUAAGCCCACGACGGCCGGCUCUAAGGGUGAGAGCUGGGCGACAGUCGUGGGCCGCAAGAAGGCCCGCAAAGCCGCAAAGGCGGACUCCGCAGCAGCGCGCGCCCCAGGCCCUACGGCAAAGGCGGCUGCGCAGCCUGCGCGACGGACUGCCAAAGGCGGUCGCAAAGGACCGGCGGUGCGUGCCCCGCGUUCCGAGGCCGUGACGCUGACGCUGCAGCCCGGGGCUGCGGAGCGCGGCGUUACGUACCAGUCGGUCAUUGCCGAGGCCAAGGCCAAGAUCAAAUUGUCAGAUCUUGGCCUCCAGUCCGUCACCGUCAGGCAGACCGUCACGGGUGCGCGGCUGUUCGAGGUGGCCGGUGCUGCGAGCGGCAGCGCCGAAAAGGCGGACGCUCUGGCCGCCAAAAUGAGGGAGGUCCUCAACCCCGAGGACGUCCGGGUAUCCAGACCGGUGAAAACCGCAGAGGUGCGGAUCACCGGUCUGGACGAUUCCGUGACCCCCGAGGAAGUGGUGGCGGCCGUUGCCCGCAGUGGAGAGUGUCCGCCGGAUAGGGUGCGGGCCGGCGACAUACGCACCGACGCCACCGGACUCGGCGCAGUCUGGGUUCGGUGCCCUGUGGCGUCGGCGAAAAAGAUCGCCUUAGCUGGCGAAGUGAAGCACUGCCAAAAAGGCAGGGAAGAGGAGCUCCAAGCCUGCCGGGGUAACCUCGCAGCCCCGCAGGCUGGUAGCUCCGCGACCGACUCCCGGUCCGGGACUGUUGCCGGGGGAAUGGAUUGUCAAUAA